UUACACGAGAGGCUUUGGCUGCUUUCUGGAACGUCGUUCUGAUCCCUUUAAAGGUGGGAUCAUGACGGAGGAUGCGGGGGAAGAAGGCGGGAGCCGAGGGCUGGAGAGUCUCCGUUGACAUAGUAACUCUUAAGCUCCGUCUCUCUUUCUCUCCGCUCUCAGGCUCCGCUGCCACCCGCCACCCCGCCUGCGCUCCCUUGGCCCGGGAGUCCCAGCGGCUCCCUUGUGGGAUCCAUUCGGCUUGACCUGCCCCGGACAAGGUCCCCUUUGCGACCCUCUAGAUGACGACUUCUCCCCCAGCCAGCGGCGGAGCCACUCGCGGAGGUCAGCGCGCCGGACGUCCGCGCUCCUAGCCUCACCCUCGCCCCGUGGGCACCUAUCUGCCCUGGCCAGUCCGGUGGGUGACGCAGACUCCUCCGCACCGGGUCCCAGUUAGAACUGCUGAGGCGUCUCUCCCAGGAGCGGGACCCCGGCCCGUCCCGCGUUCCCGCCAUGAACCAGAGCCCGGCGUUCGGGCCCCGGAGGGGCGGCUCUCCCCGGGUCGCGGCCGGGGCCGGCGCGCGGCGGAACGAGAGCCAGGAUUACCUGCUCAUGGACUCGGAGUUGGGAGACGACGGCUACCCGCAGCCCCCGCUGCUUCCCUACGGUUACUACCCCAGCUUCCGAGGCAGUGACAAUAGACUGGCGCACCGGCGGCAGACAGUUCUCCGUGAGAAAGGGAGAAGGCUAGCUAACCGAGGCCCAGCAUACAUGUUUAAUGAUCACUCAACAAGCCUAUCUAUUGAGGAGGAACGCUUUUUAGAUGCAGCUGAAUAUGGCAACAUCCCAGUGGUGAGGAAGAUGUUAGAAGAAUGCCUAUCACUCAAUGUUAACUGUGUGGAUUACAUGGGCCAGAACGCCCUGCAGCUGGCCGUGGCCAACGAGCAUCUGGAAAUUACAGAACUUCUCCUUAAGAAAGAAAACCUCUCUCGGGUUGGGGAUGCUUUGCUUUUAGCUAUUAGUAAAGGUUACGUGCGGAUUGUGGAAGCCAUUCUCAGUCAUCCAGCUUUUGCUGAAGGCAAGCGAUUAGCAACCAGCCCCAGUCAGUCUGAACUCCAGCAAGAUGAUUUUUAUGCCUAUGAUGAAGAUGGAACGCGGUUCUCCCAUGAUGUGACUCCAAUCAUCCUGGCUGCCCACUGCCAGGAGUAUGAAAUUGUGCACACCCUCUUGCGGAAGGGUGCUCGGAUUGAACGGCCUCAUGACUAUUUCUGCAAGUGCAGCGAAUGCAACCAGAAACAGAAGCAUGACUCCUUCAGCCACUCCAGAUCUAGAAUUAAUGCCUACAAAGGCCUGGCAAGCCCAGCUUACCUGUCAUUGUCUAGUGAAGAUCCAGUCAUGACAGCUUUGGAGCUUAGCAAUGAGCUGGCAGUGCUGGCCAACAUUGAGAAAGAGUUCAAGAAUGACUACAAAAAACUAUCAAUGCAGUGCAAAGAUUUUGUGGUUGGACUCCUUGAUCUGUGCAGAAAUACCGAAGAAGUAGAGGCCAUUCUGAAUGGGGAUGUUGAAGUGCGCCACAGCGGAGAUCACGGUCGUCCCAAUCUCAGCCGUUUAAAACUUGCCAUUAAAUAUGAAGUGAAAAAAUUUGUAGCUCACCCCAACUGUCAACAGCAGCUUCUCUCCAUAUGGUAUGAGAACCUUUCCGGUUUGCGGCAGCAGACCAUGGCAGUCAAGUUCCUUGUGGUCCUCGCCGUUGCCAUCGGACUGCCCUUCCUGGCUCUCAUUUACUGGUUUGCUCCAUGCAGCAAGAUGGGGAAGAUAAUGCGUGGACCAUUCAUGAAGUUUGUAGCACACGCCGCCUCCUUCACCAUUUUUCUGGGACUGCUAGUCAUGAAUGCAGCUGACAGAUUUGAAGGCACCAAACUCCUUCCUAAUGAAACCAGCACAGAUAAUGCAAAACAGCUGUUCAGGAUGAAAACAUCCUGCUUCUCUUGGAUGGAGAUGCUCAUUAUAUCCUGGGUAAUAGGCAUGAUAUGGGCAGAAUGUAAAGAAAUUUGGACUCAAGGCCCCAAGGAGUACUUGUUUGAGUUGUGGAAUAUGCUUGAUUUUGGAAUGUUGGCAAUCUUUGCAGCAUCAUUCAUUGCAAGAUUCAUGGCAUUCUGGCAUGCUUCCAAAGCCCAGAGCAUCAUUGAUGCAAAUGAUACUUUGAAGGAUUUGACAAAAGUCACAUUGGGAGACAAUGUGAAAUACUACAACUUGGCCAGGAUAAAGUGGGACCCCUCUGAUCCUCAAAUUAUAUCUGAAGGUCUUUAUGCAAUUGCUGUAGUUUUAAGUUUCUCCAGAAUAGCCUACAUUUUACCAGCAAAUGAAAGCUUUGGACCUCUGCAGAUAUCUCUUGGAAGAACAGUAAAAGACAUCUUCAAGUUCAUGGUCAUAUUCAUCAUGGUGUUUGUGGCCUUUAUGAUUGGAAUGUUCAAUCUCUACUCCUACUAUAUUGGUGCAAAACAAAAUGAAGCCUUCACAACAGUGGAGGAGAGUUUUAAGACACUAUUUUGGGCUAUAUUCGGACUUUCUGAAGUGAAAUCAGUGGUCAUCAACUAUAAUCACAAAUUCAUUGAAAACAUCGGUUAUGUUCUUUACGGAGUCUAUAAUGUUACGAUGGUCAUUGUUUUGCUAAACAUGUUAAUUGCAAUGAUCAACAGUUCAUUCCAGGAAAUAGAGGAUGACGCUGAUGUGGAAUGGAAAUUUGCAAGGGCCAAACUUUGGUUCUCCUACUUUGAGGAAGGAAGAACUCUUCCUGUUCCCUUCAACCUGGUGCCAAGUCCAAAGUCCCUGUUUUAUCUCUUACUGAGGCUUAAAAAAUGGAUUUCCGAGUUGUUCCAGGGCCAUAAAAAGGGUUUCCAGGAGGAUGCAGAAAUGAACAAGAGAAAUGAAGAAAAGAAAUUUGGAAUUUUGGGAAGUCAUGAAGACCUUUCAAAACUAUCACUUGACAAAAAACAGUUUGGGCACAGUAAACAAUCAAGUAUAAGGAGCUCGGAAGAUUUCCAUUUAAAUAAUUUCAAUAAUCCUCCAAGACAAUAUCAGAAAAUAAUGAAGAGGCUCAUUAAAAGAUAUGUAUUACAAGCCCAGAUAGAUAAGGAGAGUGACGAAGUGAAUGAAGGGGAACUGAAGGAAAUUAAGCAAGACAUCUCAAGUCUCCGCUAUGAACUCCUUGAAGAAAAAUCUCAGAAUUCAGAGGACCUAGCAGAACUUAUUAGAAAACUUGGGGAGAAAUUAUCAAUGAGGCCAAAUCAAGAGGAAAGCAAUAGAUAAUGCAAAGACUUUCUUAAAAAUUCAUAUUUAUUUGUCCACUUGAAGCCAUAUUAUUUUCUGAUUUAUUUUUUUAAGUGCCAAUGUAACCACCUUUUAAACAAGAGAAAGUUCAAAGAUAACUUGGGUCAUCCUAUCCUUUGGGACUACUAUUUAAUAUUUUUGGUGAUUAAAUUUCAUCAUUCAGGCUAAAGAUUGCAGAUUAUGAUGAAAAGUAUGCACAGUUGUUUGGUGCUUGUUUUGUAAACUGCUUUUUUGGGUAUGACUA